AUGGCUUCUUCCAAAACAGCUGUGUUGAUGCUUUUGGUUGCACUGUUUCUGAGUUCCGCUGUUGCUCGAUCACCACCAUCAUCACCCAAGUCUUCUCCGUUUCCAUCACCAGUGGCGUCUCCUCCGGUACCUCUGAAUACACCAUCGCCUGCGAUUUCUCCCUCAGCUAACUCAACAGCAUCUGCUCCCGUACCUGUGAAGAGCAGUCCUUCUAUUUCACCGUCUGCCAUCAACUCUCCAUCAUCUCCUCCUCAAGCUUCCCCCGCAGCCACUCCGGCCAUCACUCCAUCAUCGAUCUCUACCCCUCCUUCUAAAGCACCAUCAACGUCCACGAACGACGCCGCUUUGAACAGAUUUACCCUUGCCGGAUCUGCUGCUGUCGUGGUUUUCGCUGCUGCUUUGAUGAUGUAGAGAGUUAGGCUUAGUUUUUUUUUUGUA